AUGAGUUGGAAGUUGCGGCCAAAAUCGACCCAGUCAACAGGAGCUAAUCACAAUUGUAAUAAUGCUGAAGGUUUUACGAUUGCAAUCAAUCAUUCUGGUAAAUUUGUAAGUGUUGGUCGAAAUGUGUAUUGUGGUGGUUCUAUUGACUUCAUUGACAAUUGUGAGGCAGAUUUCAUUUCAAUGGUUGAGAUAAUGUCUAUGGUUAAAGAUAUUGACUUGGAUAAUGUGGGUAAAAUUUUCUAUAGCAAAAGAGGAAUGGGUGAUUGUUCUGAUUUGUCACUACUUGAGAAUGAUUUAGAUGCUAUGAAUUUGGUGCAAUGGUUGGAUUCUGAUAGAGUUAUCAGUUUGUUUGUUGAACAUGAGCCCCUUAUUUGUAGUGGUAAUCAGUCUGAGCUUCCUAAUGUUGAUGAACCAUUGCCAUUUGUUGGGAAUUUAGAAAGUUCUGAGGAGAGAAUCAGCCAUGAAAAUGCAUUUGUAGGUAGUAAUGAGAAUCAGUCUUGUGGUUUAAGUAGAACAUAUCUGCAGGAUGUUGUUGAUGAUAGGGAAACAGAUGAAAGUGAUAGUGAUAAGAACCACAAUGUCAGAGGUUGCCCUUCUAAGAAGAAUGAGAACAACCAAAAGGAAAAUGAAAGAAAUGAGCCCUCACAAGCAUCUGCCCAGCAAAUGGGCCCUGCCUCAGUGGGCCAUGACCAAAUGGGCUCUGCCUCAGUGGGCCAUGACCAAAUGGGCUCUGACCAAAUGGACCCUGACCAAAUGGACCCUGACCAAAUGGGCUUUGACCAAAUGGGCCAUGACCAAAUGGGCCCUCAGCAGAUGGGCUCUGACCAAAUGGGCCCUCAGCAGAUGGACAAUGACCCAGGCUUGGAUGAGAUUUAUUCUGUGAUUGAUGAAUUUGAUGCUUUUGAUGCAUCACUGCCCAAUAAUGAACAACCACUUGCAAGGCCUCCUCAAAGUAAAAGAAGCAACACCUCAGAGAAAAAGAAAGCAAUGAAGACUACUCAAAGUCGAGAGAGAACCACAAGGUCAGCCAACACCUCAAUUGAGACGUCACAGACCCUUAUCAAGAAGACAAGAGAAGUCUCAACCCAAAAAGAGUUGGCCAAAAGCAUCACAGUGACAGGACCAACCACAAGAUCUAAGAAGAACAUCAAUUCCACUUCAACUACCAAUUCCAAGGCUAGUAAGUCAAUUGACAAAGUCACAGGUACUGAGAAAAUUGUGCACACACAGAAUUCUCAAACCACCAAGGAUGUUCAGAGCACAAAAAAAACAUUAGGUCUGAAAAGGAAGUUGGAUGUGAGAAAGAUGUCACAAUCUCAAGGUCAACCAUCCAAUUCUGCUCCUGAGGUUGACAAACCCAUAUGGAGACCACCUGGGAGGCCAGUCACAGAUGUUUCAAGCUUCUCAAGAAUGUUUGGUGGAGGAUACAUGAUUAGUGGGGGAGGGAUUGUAGUCAGGCCAGACCAAUCAAUUGUUAGAAGUGAAGGAAAUGUUAGAAGUGAAGGAGCUGUCAGAAGUGAAGCAAAUGUGAGAAGUGAAGGAGCUGUCAGAAGUGAAAAGAUUGUCAGAAGUGAAGAAGAAGUGCCAAUUUGUAAACAACAGUAA